GGGAGGGGGGAGGCGGGCUGGGGGUUGGGUAAGCAUGAGGCGGAGCUAGGGGCUGGACUGGAGUUUACAGCUGGGCCGAGGGCUCCACCACGCUGAGGUUCAACGUUGAACUCUACGAGGUAGAGUCCUGUGGAAGAACUGGGCUGACAACGAUGUGGGUCAGGACGACACUAACGAUUAAAAGAUGGACUGAGGAAAAGCCUGGCUGCAAAACUGACAUUUGGGACAAGAGCGAGAGCACCGAUAUAAGCAGGUUGCCCAGCUGGAGGAGAGGACAUCUGGCCAGUGUGGAGUCCAGCAGUGAUGUGUCUUCCCUCUCCUCUGAAGGUGAACUCCAGGAGACUGACAGGUGCUGCUGGAAACACCAGCAGUGUGCUGGACAUAUCAUCCACCCCUUCUUGGACUGUGGCCACCACAACCGGCACAUGCACGCUGUCAGCCACUGCGACUGUGAAUCUAGGCUGAAAGACUGCUCAGGGAAGACAAAUAGUAGCAGAUCCCGAGAUGUAGGCCCGACCUGCUCCAGAGAUCGGGGCUCAACCUGCUUCAACAUCAUCCAUACCCCUUGCUUUGAAUUCAUCCCAGAGGAAGAGUGUGUGGAGCGGAUCUGGUACAGCUGGUGCAAAGGCUACAGGCCUCUCUCUGUGGCAGUAAUCCACCAUCCCAUUCAUCAUGUGUGUAGGACAGAUAACCUACACGAGAAGGAGGAUGAAGAGGAUGAAGAGGAGGAGGAAGAGACCCCACCUUCCAUCCCAACUCAGUUGUGCCCCACCGCCAUACCUACUGACCCAGACAUCGGGUUGGUCUCCAGGACUCCCGACUCAGCAGCGCCCAUCACCAUCUGGCGUUCUGAGAGCCCCACAGAAAAGAGUCAGGAGGGCAAGGCCAUCAAGAAGAUAAAGAAGAAAAAGGAGAAGGAGAAAGACAACGAGGAUGAGAUAGUGGAUGAAAAGGCAAAGUUGAAGAAAAAAGUCAAGGGCAAAAUAAUUAAGAAGAAAAGCCCGGCAAAAUCAGAGUCUUCCCCUCCAGACUUGAGCCGAUCACUAAGCCCAAGAGAACUAGUCAGGACAUCAGAGUCCAGCCCAGAAAGUCGGGAAGAGCUGGAGAGUGAGGACAGUUAUGAACGGGGUAAAAAGGAGCCCUCCAGCGAAGAUAUUGUGGAGUCAUCACCCAAGAAGAGAGAGAAGAGCACCUCCCAGGCCAAAAAGAAUGGGACAAAGACCUUACAAACCAGGAAAACGAGCAAGAGAAAAUCUCCCCCAGUGUCCAACCCCAAUCUCAGCUGAGGCCAGGGCAACCAGAGUGAAUAAAUCAAGCCUGUAACUGA